AUGUCAAGUGCUGGACAAGGCCCACGCGUCCUGCUGACCGGCGCCAAUGGCUUCGUGGCCUCUCACAUCCUCUCCAUUCUGAUAGAUCGUGGAUACUUCGUCACCGCGACCGUGCGCUCUCAGAGAAAAGCAGAUGAUAUAAUCAAAGUCCACCCGACUUGGAAGGGCAAAGUGGAAUUUGCGAUCGUCGCGGAUUUCAGCAGCUCGAGACCUUUCGACCAUCUCUUCCAGAGCGCAAAGGCGCCGUUCAACUACGUCGUCCACACGGCAUCUCCAGUGACGUUUCAGGCGUCUGACAUUCAGAAAGAGAUAAUCGAGCCCGCCGUGAUAGGAACUACUGAGAUUUUGAAGGCCGCCCACCACCACGGGGGCACCGUCUUGAAGCGCUUUAUCCUGCUGGGUAGCGCAGUAUCCGUGCUCAACUCCUUCGAAGACGAGUCCAGGGAAGGAAAGCGGUACACGGAGAAAGAUUGGAAUCCCACACAGGUGACGGCUGAGCAGGCCAUCGAGAGAAAGGAUACCGUUCUUGGAUACAACGUGUCCAAGAUCCGAGGUGAGGCGGCUGCGUGGGAGUUCAUGAAACAGAAUUCGCCCUCCUUCGACCUGGUCGUGAUCAAUCCGGACAUUAUCAUCGGUCCAAUGAUCCACCAGAUCGAGGGUCCCAAGUCUAUCAAUGAGACCAAUAAGUUUGCCAUUGCAAGCUUCAUUGACGGAACUCACAAGGAAAUUCAAGGGGUGACGUUUCCUUUUUACCACUUUGUGGACGUGCGUGACGUUGCCCAGAGCCAUGUUGAUGCGCUGGAGAAUCCCGCCGCGGCAAACCAGCGGAUUCUUCUCGUGUCGGGGCUCAUCACACCGCAAUUGGUGGUUAACAUCAUCCGCAAGAAUUUCCCUGCCCUCAGAGACCGGGUCCCGGAGGGAGACCCCUCCCAAAUUUUGCCCCCGGGAGUGCAUCCGACGGGAUUCGACAUGCGCCAGAGUCUGACCAUCCUCGCUAACGGUACCAAAGACGGCAAGUGGGAGUACAUCGGUCUCGAAGCCAGUGUCACAGACGCUGUUGAGUCUAUGAUCAAAAAUCGUGUCAUCUAG